UUCUCCUCACAACACAGCUUAUCAUUUCACCUCGGAUGGUGUUGGUGUCGCUAAAUUUUGCCCUCUACAAUUAGUUUCUCACUUCUUUAACUUAAAAAUUAGUGUGUAGUGAACCGGAUUCAAAAUGGGUAAUACAUACAACUUGAUGUUUCAUCCAGAUGUCACUCCUUACCCAGAUUCUCAGCCGACAUUCGAUCCAACUUUCGGUUUCAAGGAACCUAGACAACCUAAAGUUAUGCAUACCACUCUAGCAGAAAUGGAAUCUGCGAAGGUUCCCCCGGACUUUAGGAAUUACUGUGCGCAUACGUACAUCGAUUUUCAAGCAUGCAGAUCCAAAAAUUUUCCUCUCUUGCGGAGAUGCGCAGACCAAUAUCAUGCGUAUCAACAGUGCCUUUAUGAUGAAACCAUUGACCAAUACAAAGAUUAUGAACGAGAACGUCGCCUCUUAGUACGAGCCAAACGAAUUGCUGAGAAGAAAGAGAGACGAGAGAGAAGACGUAAGGCAGCUGAAAUGGAGAGCGAUUGAAUAUAUUUCUCUUGCAUACUAGUUUUGAAUCAACUAUAGUUUGUAUAUUAUGCAGUCCCCUUGAGGAAGUUGAAUGUAUGAAUUUUCCACCCAAGUGUAUGAAGAUAAAUCUCAGCACUGAAAAGCACUAAUGUGGUUCAGAAUAUUUUGAAAGAGAAUUGUUUGGACUUUAAGCAGUCUUGUGUCCAUGAUUAGUUCGAUAUGCUGGCACCUUUUCAGUUGUAAGUUUUUCAACUUCACGUAAUAAUUUUCCGCACUUGUUAGUAAUCAUCAAAAAAUUUUGCUUGCGGCUUUGUUUCAAACUAUUGGUUUUCUGUACAGUUAUAUAUUAAAGAACGUUUGUUUUUAAUCUA